UUUCCCAGGCGAAUUUCCCCCCGCAUUCUGCCUUCCUGGAGCCUCACCCCCUCUUUUUCUAACCUUUGUCUCUGCAGAGGUGGGCUACAGUCGCGGGCUGCGGGAGUGCGGGAUCCGCAGCGGCCUCGGCUCCCACCCGGUGCCCAACUUGGCCCCACCACCGCUCCGCUCCGGCCUCGCCGCAGCGGCCUCCGGAACCGGCGGGGAGCUCGCGGGCGGGAGAGUCCGGAAGGAGCCCCAGGCGCCGAAGACCCCUCCGGCGCCGACACCGCCCGCCGUGAGCGGGCGGCCUGCUCCGGGUGGUGCUGCCCUGCGGUUCCGACGCGGCUCAGUCUCUGACUUGAGCGGGUCCACGCUGCCCAGGGUGCGCCUAGCCCGGCAGCCCCAAAUGGAUUACUGCAACCUCCCCGGCCGACCCCCGCCUCCAGCUCUGCAGCCUCCGGGAGAUAGACGGAAAGCUGGGGCUGGGGACAGAUGCAGCGACUGCCACCUCCCAAGUGGACCUGCGCCCACCCAGCCGAUUCUGCAUAAGGAAACACACAAAGGCCCGUUUUCUCCUCGCUUCCCGUGUGUCUGAAUCGGGCCAAGCAACCAGUUUGGGACCAGGAGGGACUGCCACUUAGAUUUCACAGUUGACCCCCAGAGCUAACUGGGCCGAUUCUCACCCUGUCACCAGAAAGUGGACUAUCUGGGUCUUCAUGAAGGAUGCUGAGAUUCUGAAACCAGGUCUACUGGAGCCUGGGGCUGCCCCAGCUCUCUCAGGAUUUGGCAGACAUUGGAGGUGGCAGUGAAGGAGACAGUGGUGGUCAAUGUUAUUUGAGCAGGGUCAGCAGGCCCUGGAGCUUCCUGAGUGCACGAUGCAGAAGGCUGCUUACUAUGACAACCCAGGACUUUUUGGAGGCUAUGGCUACAGCAAAGCCACUGACACUUAUGGCUACAGUGCCCCUCAUCAGCCUUAUCCACCCCCUGCUGCUGCCAACUCCCUGGACACUGAUUACCCAGGUUCUGCCUGCUCUAUCCAGAGCUCUGCACCAAUGCGGGCCCCAUCUCACAAAGGGGCUGAACUCAAUGGCAGCUGCAUGAGGCCUGGCACUGGCAACAGCCAGGGUGGGGGUGGGGGCAGUCAGCCUCCUGGUCUGAACUCAGAGCAGCAGCCACCACAGCCCCCUCCUCCACCACCGACCCUGCCCCCAUCUUCACCCACCAAUCCCGGAGGUGGAGUGCCUGCCAAGAAGGCCAAGGGUGGUCCCAAUGCUUCUGGCUCUUCAGCCACCAUCAGCAAGCAGAUCUUCCCCUGGAUGAAAGAGUCCCGGCAGAACUCGAAGCAGAAGAACAGCUGUGCCACUGCAGGAGAGAGCUGCGAGGACAAGAGCCCGCCGGGCCCAGCGUCCAAGCGGGUGCGCACCGCUUACACGAGUGCACAGCUGGUGGAGUUGGAAAAGGAAUUCCACUUCAACCGCUACUUGUGCCGGCCACGCCGCGUGGAGAUGGCCAACCUGCUGAACCUCACCGAGCGCCAGAUCAAGAUCUGGUUCCAGAACCGGCGCAUGAAGUACAAGAAGGACCAGAAGGCCAAGGGCAUCCUGCACUCGCCAGCCGGUCAGUCGCCAGAGCGCAGCCCGCCGCUCGGUGGCUCUGCCGGCCACGUGGCCUACUCCGGUCAGCUGCCGCCGGUGCCCGGCCUAGCCUACGAUGCGCCCUCGCCUCCCGCGUUCGCCAAAUCUCAGCCCAACAUGUACGGCCUGACCGCCUACACCGCGCCGCUCAGCAGCUGCCUGCCACAGCAGAAGCGUUACGCGGCGCCCGAGUUUGAGCCCCACCCCAUGGCGAGCAACGGGGGCGGCUUCGCCAGCGCCAACCUGCAGGGCAGCCCGGUGUACGUGGGCGGUAACUUCGUCGACUCCAUGGCGCCCGCGUCCGGGCCCGUCUUCAACCUGGGCCACCUCUCGCAUCCGUCCUCAGCCAGCGUGGACUACAGUUGCGCAGCGCAGAUCCCCGGAAACCACCACCACGGACCGUGCGACCCUCACCCCACUUACACAGAUCUCUCGGCCCACCACUCGUCUCAGGGACGCCUGCCCGAGGCCCCCAAACUGACGCAUCUGUAGCGGCCGCCAACGGCCCGAAGUAGUGGCCCAGUUACCUCUUUUGCUUUGGUGGCGGGGGUGGCGGGCGGGGCCCGCAGGGCAGCGGGCGACUCCUCCCUCACUCUAGCCAGGGUCGCAGCCUCCCUGGUUUCGGGCCAACAGCGGCCGAGGCUCAGGAGACUGGGCCUCCCCUCCUGGCGCGUCCUCCUUUGGGUGACUUGCCAUAAAUCAGCCGCAAGGAUUGUCCUCUGUAAGCCCGACAGUGCCAUGUACCGCGGACCGAGGGACUCUAAUCUGGUAAUGGUGUCCCGAAGGUAAGUCUGAGAGCCAUCGGCGGCGAGCUCUGCAGAGGGCCAGAGCCUGGAGAGCUCCGGGCCUGGCCUGUGUCUAGCUUAGUUGCGGACACCUUAAUUUAUAUGCUCCUUCCCGUCCCGUAAGGAUUGCAUCGGACUCAACAAUCUGUAUUUAUUAUUUGAAGCGAGUCAUUUCGUUUCUCUGAUUAUUUAUCCUCGUCUUAAUGUAUUUAUGUGUAUAUUUGUAGAAUUCUCCAGCCAGCUUCGGAACGCGCUCCCAGGCCCUGGGGUCCACAUUUCACCUCUUUAGUCCCCUUGGUCUGAAUUAGUUAAAGAGAGUAGUUUUUGAACAGUUGUAACCGUGGCUGGUGUUUGUAGUUGAUGUAAAGGAUCAAGACCGCAAAAUGUCCUUCAUGGGUAGACACACCCGUUACUCAUUUCUCAACAGCCGUAGCCCUCCAACUCGACACAGCUUAUUGAUUUCAAAUUGUCUGGUACUAUUUGAACAAAUAUUUAGAAUAAAAAAAUUCUCAGUCAGAAGAGUAUCUGUGUUAAUCACACACACUUGCAAAUAGAUCACUGCCUUUAUCUUUCCCACAAUCCCCGUGGAAGGCCCCCAAAUAGGCUGACCCACUGAAAUAUUUUUUUCAUGCAUCUCGAAUAUAAUACAUACAUUGGUUCUAGGGAUACCUGAUUACAGCCCAGCUAUUGACAUUAAGGGGAAAAAUCUGAGGAUGCAAACCUAGAAAUGUUGGAGGGAGUGAUUGGGGGUAGGGCUUUGUAUUGAGCCUGCUUUGCAGUUUCUACCUGCCUCCCCCCUUUCUAGAUACAAAUCCACAUUUUUACGUUGCGUUCACACUGGGGAGGCCCGAGCUCUCUUUUCUGUGUUAAGUAAUAAAAAACUUAAAAAAAACCUGACAAUCAAAAAAAAAAAUAGAGACAGAAGCAAAGUUGUAAGAAUUGAGCUAUGAAAAAGCUAAGGUGCAAAAAAAAAGAAAGAAAAGAAAGAAACGAUCCUUUGGAGACGCGCACCUAAUAAGCCUUUUCUGUAGGAAACGAUGUCAUGACAUUUUCCUUUAUAGUGGUUGCUGGUUCAUUUCGAAAGAAAACAAACAUUCCCCAUGAUAUAAAGUAAUAAAAGUUUCAUUAAUGGAACAUAAGUAUAAACACCUUGUUUACUCCUGUUCUUUGUAUUAAAUAGGUAAGAAAUGUCUCCAAGGAUUUAUAAGCAUUUUGUAAAUAACAGUGUGGCUUUAGCUAGGGGUGGACAAUUCCCACCCACUUCUCUGGGAGGAGGCACUUGGCAAACGCCUUCAGAUAAGGUUCAAUUCUUUGUAUUUCAGCAAAGUCGGCCCACACAUUUCUAUUUGGUUUGACAAAUAAUGCGACUCCUACUACAUCCCUGGUGACACGAGGUGAAAUUCCUAUUGUGUGGAAAUAAUUUAACUUCUGAUCUUCUGGUGGAACAACAAUCGUUUCUCUUUGGAUGUUUGUGUUUCGCUAAGUAAUGAUGGCUCAAGAAAUAAUUUAGUUUCCCUGUUCCUUUGUGCUGUUUUUAAAAUGGCAUGUUAGAUUGGGGGUGGGAGGGGGUUAUCCUUUUGCUAAAUUUCACAUUUUUCUGAGCAGGUUUAAAGUAUGUUGUAGAAGUGUAUCCGCAGAAUAAAUGACUUCAACUGAAGGGAUAGUGUACCCACUUUCAAGGCUUAAAAUUGUUUUCUAUGAAAUUUGCAUCCAAAGGCAGUAUUUCUAAUUAUCUUGUAAGAAAUUAUUUUUUAAACUAUUAGGGAAAUCAAAGAAGAGCUUUCUGCCUUGCAGGGAUAACAACCACCUUUCUU